AGGAGGACAACAAAGGGUCGCGGGACGCCGGCGGGCGGCAGGCGGCGGUGUGCCAGUCUUCCGUGUUCCUCUCAGCCGAGGCGCGUCGGCCUCCCGCCGGUCCCGCUCCAGAUGAAGUGUGAGCACUGCACACGCAAGGAAUGUAAUAAAAAAACAAAAACUGAUGACCAGGAGAAUGUGUCCAUUGGUGCAUCAAGUCCAACCCAGGAGAAUGAAGAGAAAGGAGAAUUCCAUAAGUUGGCAGAUGCAAAGGUAUUUCUGAGUGACUGCCUCGCAUGUGACAGCUGUGUGACUGUGGAUGAAGGACUGCGGCUUUCCCAGCAGAGUGCCAAGGAUUUCUUCCGUGUUCUUAAUCUCAAUAAGAAAUGUGACACCUCAAAGCACAGAGUUCUAGUUGUGUCUGUGUGUCCUCAGUCUCUGCCUUACUUUGCUGCUAAAUUCAACCUCGGUGUCACCGAUGCAUCCAGAAGACUGUGCGGCUUCCUCAAAAGUCUUGGGGUACACUAUGUAUUUGACACCACAAUUGCUGCAGAUUUCAGCAUCCUGGAAAGUCAGAAGGAGUUUGUACGCCGUUAUCACCAGCACAGUGAGGAGCACCAGGAACUGCCCAUGUUGACCUCUGCGUGUCCUGGUUGGGUCAGAUAUGCUGAGCGGGUGCUAGGUCGCCCCAUCAUCCCACAUCUCUGCACUGCCAAGUCCCCACAGCAGGUCAUGGGCUCCUUGGUGAAGGAUUACUUUGCCAGACAGCAGAAUCUGUCUCCAGAGAAAAUUUUCCAUGUUGUCGUGGCUCCUUGCUAUGAUAAGAAGCUGGAAGCUCUUCGAGAGGGUCUUUCCAUGACUCUGAGUGGUGCCAGGGGCACGGACUGUGUGCUGACAUCAGGUGAAAUUGCUCAGAUAAUGGAGCAAAGUGACCUCUCCAUGAAAGACGUUGCUGUGGAUACUUUGUUUGGAGAUACGAAGGAGAUGGCAGUACGACGGCAUGAUGGAGUGAGCUCAGAUGGGCAUCUGGCCCACGUCUUCAGACACGCUGCCAGGGAGUUGUUUGGCGAGCAUGUUGAGGAGAUCACCUACCGUGCAUUAAGAAACAAAGACUUCCAAGAGGUUACCCUUGAGAAGAAUGGGGAGGUCUUACUGCGCUUUGCUGCAGCAUAUGGCUUCCGCAAUAUCCAGAACAUGAUCCUGAAGCUCAAAAAGGGCAAAUUUCCAUAUCACUUUGUGGAGGUGCUCGCAUGCCCCAGAGGAUGCUUGAACGGCAGAGGCCAGGCACAGACAGAGGACGGCCACACAGACCGUGCACUACUGCAGCAGAUGGAAGGCAUCUACGCCAGCAUCCCUGUGCGGCCCCCAGAGAGCAGCGCACAUGUGCAGGAGUUGUACCAGGAGUGGCUGGAGGGUGCUGAGUCCCCCAGAGUGCAGGAGGUGCUGCACACCAGAUACCAGAGCUCGGAGCCCUGCACAGACAGCCUGGAUAUCAAGUGGUGACAAGGCCGAGGAGGGCAGGAGGGACAGCUCUGAAUGGAGAGUAGAGCGUGCUUCAAGAGACAGCCGGGCGCUGAAGCUUUGGCGGCACUGCGACACGUAGCGUCAUGCGGUGCUGUCUUUGUAGUGCGUGGGAGGGAGUGGAGUGUUUUCACAUGGGAAACGUGAUUUUCCCUCUCUGAGUAUUGUUUUAUCCUGAGAUUGUGAGGAAGAUCCCAAAGAGUGAGGGCAGGGAUAUACCCCUGUCUUUUGUGCUUAAAAACAGAAGUCCAGAAUGUAUUCUUAAGUAGUCAAGACUGUGGGGUUGUGUUCCAUGAGCCUACGAUUAUUGCUGCGAGGUGGAGACCUCAGAGGGCCAGGCUGCUCACAGCCACUGCACAGUGGACCACACAGGCCCAGCCUUCGGCCCAGCCUGUCUCUUUCACUUGUACAAGUUUGAAGAAAUAAUUUUGAAUUCUAGGACCAGUAAGAUGGCUCAUGGUACCAGCCUUAGCUUGACAAACUUAGUUUGACCUGUGGAACCCAGAUGGUGGAAGGAGAGACCAACUUCCACAAGUCAUCCUCUGACCUUCAGGUAGGCAUCAUGGUGUGCGUGUGUACCACCGAGGCCACCCCCAAAAAAUAACUAUAAAGAAAUGUACAAUUUGUGCAUCAGCGAGCCACGUUGUUCUUGAUAGUCACCGGAGGUCAGCAGUCACUGUAACCCUUGGCAAGCUGGACCACUUGUGAGUGAGUCACCUUUCUACUUGACCUGUGCAUUCAGCUUCGAGGAAAGGCUGAUGAGACCAGCAGACAUCCACCAAGUGGAAGGCUUGUUUAGCAUUUGAUGUGGUGUAUAUCUGAAAGUAAGCAGAGUAGAGAAGGAAGAGGGUAGCCCACUGAGGCUUGGGGGUUCCUAGGAAGGGCCAGCUCAUUGGUUACCAUCAUGGGGCAGGAAGAUGGAGCUGAGACAGCUUCCUAAUGUCCAGCCUCCUCUAAACUGGCCCCCCCAGGGCCUUUGGGCAUAAACAGCACCGUCUUUCCAUACAAAUGGGCUAGAUUACCUCCUCACCUCCACAGAGCCCAUUCUCCAUGGCAGCAUCCCUUCAGCCCUCCCUACUGCAGUGUGAACAUGCCUAGAAAGGGGAAGCUGUAUCCACACAUGGAAGUAGCUGCCCAAUGAAGAACUCCACAGGACCAUGUGACACACGCUGGAACCCAUCCAGGAGGCGAUUCCUGGAGAAGCCAGAGGUGGAAAGCCCUUGAAUUUUGCUCAUGUAUGUGACUACCUUGACUCUGCAGUGUUGCUAUCUUUGGCUUAUGUUUUGUUACUCCUGUGAAUCUGUCUGGGAACAUAACUGGGUAUGUUUUUGUAAACCAGUGGUUCUCAACCUGUGGGUCAUGACCUCCACAGAGGGGUUGCUCAUCAGCUAUCCUGCAUCUCAGAUAUUUACAUUCAUAGCAGUUCAUAACAGUAGCAAUAUUACAGUUAUGAAGUAGCAAUGGAAAUAAUCUUAUGAUUGGGGUUGCCACCACAUGAACGGUAUUAAAGAGUUGCAGCACAGGAAAGUUGAGAACGCUGAUGUGAAUUAUGUUUUUGCUUCCAGUCUACAUGCCUUGGGUGUUUGUUCCCCAGAGGAACUGAUGAUGGAAUAAACAGUGCAGCAGGCCCGAGUGUGGAGUGGAAGGAGCCCGUUGCUGUGCUGCUGAUCCUGCCUCCCUCACCAUGCCCCAGCCCCAGUGGUAUUACCUUGUUUAUGAGUCCCUUCCUGAUAGGUCAGGAGGAUGCCCCGCAGGUCGGAACACUAGCAGUCAGGGUACCACCCAUGAGAGCGACUGAGGCUCAGUGCUGAGACAGGAGAUGCAGGGCCUUCUGUUUCACUGAUUCUAGCUGUGGCCCCGAGAGCUUUUCAAGACUGCAGGUGCCUUUCUGUCCCUCCAGCACUUAGAAGCAUGUGGUGGUGGCGCACACCUUUACUCCCAGUGCUCAGAGGUGGAGGUAGACCGAUGUCUGUGAAAUCGAGGUCAGCCUGGUUUGCAGUGCAAGUUCCAGGACAGCUGGCUGCGCGCAGAAAUCCCAUGUCAAAAGAACCCAAGAACGGUGGAAGCAUGAAGUGCGCCAGUCCCUGGGCAAAGCAGCAUGAGCAGUAGAGUGGCGGUGCGUGCUGAUGGGUGGCUGGCCCCGGCAUGAGAAGACCAUGUAACCCAGCUCCGUAUCUUCCCGGUGCUGUUGCACAGUGCCUUUGGCCUGGCUUGCAGGGGCCCAGUUUCUUAGCUUCCUGCCUGGCCUGAGCUGCAUUGGUUUACACUGCUGCGGGUAGCCAUGCUCACACAUGAUGAAAUUCUGUCUCAGAGACAACAAAGUUGGUCUCCGUUACAGGUGAAAUAGAAAUGGUCUGUCAGGGCUGGGGCUGGAGUUCGGGGGCAGAGCGUGAGCCUAGCACACAUGGGCACCACGUUCACCCUCUGGAGCCACAAAAGCAGAAAGUGGGGAAGAUUCACUGCACUCUUCCUGGUGGUGUGUACCCGGACUGAUGUAAGCUUUGACUCCGUGGGUGCCCUACUCAUCACUGUUGACAUCUGGCCUUGCCAGGUGCAUCACAAGUGCGCCAACUACAGGAGUUAGGGUUGCAGUUGGCAGCUAAGCUGCAGAUGCUUGCUUGGGUGCAGCACUCAUUCGAGGGACACAGCUAUUUGGAAGGGUAAUGGAGGAAAUGUGGCUUUUUUCCCACUUGGCAUACUACGUGUGGGUUCCAUUUCCUUCUGCAUCUACACUUAAAGAAUUUACUCUGGUUCACCAUUUGAGGGUGCAGUCCGUUAAGGCAAAGAAAACACCUCACAUAUCACCUUUUAUGAAGCACAGUAUCUACUGUGGAUGUGGCUCCUUGUAAGUACUGGGUUGCAAUGGAAGACUUACUUCGAGAUUUAUUUAUGUGUAUGUAUGUAUGUAUGUAUGUAUGUAUGUAUGUAUGUAUGUAUGUAUACAUGUAUGUAUGUGAGUGAAAGUCGGAUGUGUAUUGGUAUCUAAAGGCCAGAAGACAAUGCUGGGUGCCCUGGAGCCAGGGUUAUAGGUACUUGUAAGCUGCCGUGUGGGUGCUGGGAACUGAAAUUUGGCCCUCUGGAAGAGCAGCAAGAGCCAACUCUCCAGAUCCCUGGAUACAGUUUUGUUCAAAGUGUAUGUGCCUGCCGUCUGGUGCUGGGAGUGGAACUCAGGUAUGUCAUGUGCUAGGCAAAAACUAUCACUGAGCUCCAUCUCUCGUGCACACACAAGCCCUUUCUCUUGCUCUCUAUUUUAAAGACAGGGUCUCACUAAGUCACCCAAGCUUUGAGCUCACUUUGUAAGCCUGGGGUGACCUUGAACUUUCCAUCUUAAUGGCCCUGCUUCUACUUCCCAGGUUGCAGGGCUGUAGAUUUGCUACCAUGACCUGUUUAUGCAGUGGUGGGACUGAAUGCAGAGUUUGGGGUUAUACUCUGCUGGCACUCUGAGCCAUGUCUACAGCUGUUUCUCCUCUCCCUUCCCUGCCCCCCCCGUCUGCUUUUCUUUUUCUCCCUUCUUUUCUUCCUUCCCCUUCUUUCCCUUUCUCUCUCCUCCUUCCUUUCACUACUCUCCCCUACAGAAGCAGCCCGGUGCCUUGUUCUCCUGCUCAAGGGAUCGUCAGCCAGCCAAUAGAUAUGACUACAGGCUCACAGCACUGCUGGAGAAGAUUUAAUAGAGAAAGGCUCAGAACCAUAGUUUUUCAGCCAGAUGUGGGGCAUGCAACUUUGAUCACAACACUCACAAGGUGGAAGAGGUGGACCUCUGAGGUGAAGGCUAGCCUAGUCUACAUAGUGAGGCUCAGACUAGCCAGAACUAAAUGAUGGAGAGACUGUCUCAGGAAAAUCAAAACCCAAAAGUGGUUCUCCUUCACUCUGCCUUCCCGCUCCUUUCUUUGGCCUUUUUUUGGUUUUGAGACAGUUAGGUGCCAUACCCAACCACGUCACAUCCCCUCUCCCACCUCCUUUCCUGCCCCUUUCUUUCCCCUGUUUUGAGAUAUAGUCACAUUUAGUCAAGGCUGGCUUUGAACUGGUUCUCUUGCCUCCAUUAUCUCCCAGCUGCUGGGGUUAUAGGAAGGAGCAACCAUGCCUAGUGACAGUCUCUUUCAAAUCCUGACAGUAAAUCUGGGGGUGGCUGGAGAGAUUACUCUGCAGUUAUUAUGCUUACCGCUCUUCUAGAGGACCCAACUUUGGUUCCCAGGGCCCACAUCAGGUGACUUAACCACCUUUAACUAUGGCUGUAGGGGAUCUGAUACACUCUUCUGGGCUCUGCAGAUACCCACAUGCUCCUAGCACGCACACACACACACACCCUUAGACCUUUAAUACCAGCACUGGAGGGAGAGGCAGGCGGAUCUCUGAAUUCAAGACCAGCCUGCUCUACAGAGGGAGUUCCAAGGCAGCCAAGGCUACAAAGAGAAACCCUGUCUAGAGGACCCCCCUCCAGAAACAAAGGUAGAACCUAGAAUAUUUUUAAAAAUUCAGUUUGGAAUGUAUACUAUUCAUCUGAAAUUUAUUCAUAAAAAUCAGAUAUAUUUUCCUUGCCUAGCAUGCACAAAGUCGUAGAUCUAUCCUGAGCACCACAUAAACAGGCAUGGCAAGAGCCUUUUAUUCCAGCAUUUGGGAGGUGCUGUUAGGAUCACAAGUUCAAGGUCAUCCUCAGAACUUUCAGUGUUUGAGGCUAGCCAGGGGUAAAUGAUACCUCGUUUCAAAAAAAUAAGUAAAUAAAUUGAAAGAAGGAAGCAAACCAUCUUUCACCAAUUUCUAUUAAUUGCUUCACAUCAUUGCCAACUCUUUAUAAUGUCAUAACUUUAAUUCUUCCAAUAGGUAUCAGGAUUGCUUACUUUUGUUUUUGGAGAAAGGAUUACCAACUAUUGAAAUGAUUUUAAAUAUACUUCUGCCAUUUUGUAACUGUAUUUAUACAAAUUCGUGUUCUUAUCAUUGAUAAGCAGAAAAUCAAAAUUUGCUGGAGUACACAUUAACUCUCAGCGCUUGGGAUGAAGAUGGCUGCGUUCCAGGCCGGCCUGGUUUACAUAGUGAGUUCCAGGCCAGUCAGGACUACAUAGUGAGAUCCUGUCUCAGACGAACCAGCAAACCAACCGAACACAUCAAUUCUGAGAAACUCAGAUGCUCUCUGUCCUGCAGGAUCAGAUAUUCAGCUGGGUGGGCGUGGAGCAGAGGCGGAUCCUGGGGGCUCCCUGGUCAGCCAGCCCUGCCAAAACAGUUAACUCUGAGCUCAUUGAGAGACCCUGUCUCAGAGAAGGACAAGGGAGAAAAGCCUUUGAGGAACACAUCCUGACAUCAGUCCUUGGUGUCCACCGUGGGACAGGUGUAGACAAGGACAAACAUCCCAUUAGUUUAUAAUUUGUUCUCAUCUGUAAUAAAUGGUUAAAUUUAUAUGUACAUUGGAGAAUUGCUUUAAAACAAAUAUCUAUGAUUAUAUAAGUGAUUUGGCCAGAUAAGGUGGUGCAUACCUUUAACCCCAACACUUGGGAGCCAGAGGUGGGUGGAUCUAGGUGAUCUUGGCCUACAUAGUAAGUUCCAGGCCAGCCAGGGCUGUAUAAGACUGUGCCUCCUCGCAGAAAGCCAACCACAAAAGCCAAACAAAGCAACGCCGAUUUGUGUGCUUACUUUUCAUACCAGGAUAGCCACGGUUGUGUCAAGAGUUACUCAACAAAAAAUGGUGCAGAAUGGAAAAAGGGUUAGCCCUGUUAUAGAUGGAAAUGAAACACACCGCCGUGCCCCAGGACAGGACAAUGUCAGUGUCAACAGUGAUGGGAAACAUUUCUUGCUCUUGACUGCUUUUUCCUUUGUGUUUGGUCUCUAAAUACUUACCUAGUUAUCAUCUUCAUAGUUAUCUCUACAUCACUAUGAUGCCUCAAAUGAAUAUUUAAUGAAAUGGCUUCCUGUCGUAUUUAUAGUACAAAGCAGUUUGAACCCUUAGGAAUCUAUGCUGUAAUUACAGACACAUGUCAAAUAUCUGUAAAUGUUAUAAAGACAUUAAUUUCCAAUAAAUGUAUCUUAAGUUCGGA